AUGGACACUGGAGUGGAGAAGUUAGAAGCAAAACUGAGUGCACUACUUGCAGAGGACUGGCCUUUUGGUGUCGAAAUGUGCAAAUUAGUACCCUUCAUUCAAAAGGCAUCAGUGGGCAUCACAGUACUGAGUUUGUGUGCCCUCAGUAUAGAUAGGUACCGAGCAGUUGCUUCUUGGAGUCGCAUUAAAGGAAUUGGAGUGCCAAAGUGGACGGCUGUUGAAAUUGUACUGAUCUGGGUCAUAUCAGUGAUAUUGGCUGUUCCAGAAGCUAUAGCAUUUGACAUGAUUACGAUGGAGUACAGAGGAAAGGAUCUUAGAAUCUGCCUGCUUCACCCCACGCAGAAAACAUCCUUUAUGAUGUUUUACAAGCAAGCUAAAGACUGGUGGCUGUUCAGCUUUUACUUCUGUUUGCCCCUGGCUAUCACAGCAUUUUUCUAUACUCUCAUGACCUGUGAGAUGCUACGAAAGAAAAGUGGGAUGCAGAUUGCUUUAAAUGACCACUUAAAACAGAGACGUGAGGUGGCCAAAACUGUGUUCUGCCUGGUACUUGUUUUUGCCUUAUGUUGGCUCCCACUUCACUUAAGCAGAAUAUUGAAGCUCACUAUUUAUGAUCAGAAGGACCCCAACAGAUGUGAACUUUUAAGCUUUUUUCUUGUAAUGGACUACAUUGGUAUUAACAUGGCUUCACUGAAUUCCUGCAUCAAUCCAAUAGCUCUGUAUUUGGUGAGCAAGAGAUUCCAAAACUGCUUUAAGUCAUGCUUAUGUUGCUGGUGCCAAUCCAAAGAUUUGUUGUCCCUGGAGGAAAGGCAGUCCUGUUUAAAGUUUAAAGCUAAUGAUCACGGAUAUGAUAAUUUCCGCUCUAGUAACAAGUACAGCUCUUCAUAAAGCAAGCAUAAAAGGUAUAUUCGCUUACAUUAAUGCUGGUGCCUUUUUAAAUAAAAGUGGCAAUUACUUUUAAUGAGAUGGUAAUAUUUAGAAAAAUCUAUUUUUGUCUUUGCACAAAAAAAAGAACGUAAAACAAAUUGCCUCACAACUGCGUCAUGUUGAAAAUCACGGACAUUUAUAAAAUUGUCAUUUAUGGAACAUGAAGAAAAGCGCAGAAAGAACAAGUCAUUGUUAGCACUUGAAUACUUCUGAAUCAGCACUUCCAAAUGAUCACCACUUCCCGUACAUUAAAUGAUCAUUUGUAGUCACUGUAACAGUUGUAGGAACUGAAGUCACAGUAAUUACUAAGAAGUAUAAUGUAACAUUAAUUGGAUCAAAGCCAUUAUUAUAUAUAACUCAAUGUAUUAUCUUUUGUAAAGCAGAUUAACCAUCAUCACUACAGUGGGUUUUUUUUAAUAAAACAUUAAAUACUUUGUAAUAGAAGUUUAAGUGUAAAAAAGUAGAAUUUUUAUCAGGGGUAUAAUAGAGGUAGCUAAUGAAAAUAUUAAAGCAUGCAGUCAAAUCAAAA